ACGGGCACACCUUUGCCUCGCCCAACCGCUGCCUUGCUCGCGUUCGCCAUUCCCCAGACCUUGAGAGCUACCGUCUGGUCCGAUCGGACGGAUCCCUUCGCGCGCCCCAGAGAUUUCAGGUAAGGUGCUGUAACAGAAGAUGCAAGGGGGAAGAGGUGGGAGGCAGGGCUUAUUCGGUUUCGGGGACCCUUCUGGUGGUUCCGGUGGCUUUGGACAACCAGGGAGCCUUAUGCCUGGUUUUUUUGGUGGCGCAAAUCCCUUUGACGACCCUUUCUUCACAAACCCCUUUGGUAGCAUGAUGCAGACUAGUUUCUCAGCCCCUUUCAGCGGCAUGAUGCAACCUAGCUUCAUGAACCCCUUCGGCAGCAUGGUGCAACCUAGCUUGCUUGGACCAAGUAUGUUUGCGCCCCAUGGCAAUCUCAAUGGAGGCAUGUUUGGAAGCCAGACACAUCUCGGUCAAGGUAUCAGCAAUGGCAGUGGUUUCAUUCAGCAGGCCCCUGAACCAAGCAGGCCUAAAGGGCCAAUUAUCAAGGAGUUAUCUUCAGAUGAUGAGGAUGAUGUAGAUGAUGAUGAAGAAGGCGAGAAGAAGAAUGGUAACUUUAGGAAGCAUCAAAGGGAAAGCAAAGAGCCAUAUGUGGAGGACCCAGAUGAUGAAGAAGAUAAUAAAAGACCUAAGCAUGGACAAUUUGGGAGGGAGUUCAGCAGAGUUAACACAUCACGUCCACAGCCUCAGACAUUUAUGUUUCAGAGUUCAACUGUUACAUAUGGUGGUCCAAAUGGAGCAUGUUAUACAUCUUCAACAACUAGGAGGACUGGUGCAGAUGGAUUUACGCUGGAAGAAAAUAAAGAGGCUGACACAACUACUGGUAAAGCCACUCACAGGAUUUCACGUGGCAUUGGCAUUAAGGGUCACUCGUUAACAAGAAAUCUUAAUUCUGAUGGGCGUGUGAACACCCUUCAAACUUUACACAACUUGAAUGAAGAUGAGCUUGGUGGAUUUGAGGAAUCAUGGCAAAGAAAUACCAGGGAGAAUAUGCCUGGCUGGGAUCCUAGAAUGAACAUGCUUGGCAAUGGAAAUGUUCGCUCUGACUUCCGAGAUGUGAAUCAAAUGCCUGCACUUCCAGCCCCAGAACUAUACCGUGGCACGAAUUUUCAGAAUGGCUCUUCCAUGGGCCGUGCACCCCGCACAUGAGUUCCUCUGUGGCAUAUGCUGGAUCACAGUGCUCAGUACCGGUGACUUGCACUAUUAUGCAGAAAAAUGUUGAAACCCAAACUCAGCUUUUGAAAAACUACUGUAACUUGAGACAGUUUUAAUAGUCGAGAGCUUUCCUUAGUUUCAGCA